AGGUCCUCCAAACACACACCCACAUACAGACACACAUAGACAGCAGUAGACAAAGUCAGGAUGUGACAUCAUCCACAGGAAGAGAAGCUAAACUGUUUUUUAUCCUCUUUUCACAGUGUUGUCCGUGCUGUUGAGGGACACUGGAGCCUCUCGGACUGUUAGUGACCAUCACAGAAGGUUUGGAGAGGGCAGAGCAGCUGGAACUGAGCUCCACGGGGAGUUUUAAAACUAAGGGACCUGGACUCGUGAACGCUCUCUAAACUUCCCAAAACUUUCCGUCACAUUCCCGACACUCUGCUGCAGGAUUUCAGCCAGAGUUGGACCAACUGAAAACAAGAGCUCCCCACAAUCUUUACAUGACAGACGUUGACCCCCUGUGACCUGAUUUCAGAGCUGAACCCAGCCUGGUUCCCUCUCUCAGGAAAGUCACCCUUUAUCAUUCUUAAACCAUUAAUCUGGAGAGCUUAUUCUCCCCUUAUCUCAGGGGAAACGACUGAGUCAAUGGCGUUGUGUCUUGGACAAGUGUUCAGCAAAGACAAAACAUUCAGGCCAAGGAAGCGGUUUGAGCCCGGCACACAGCGUUUUGAACUCUACAAGAAGGCCCAGGCCUCGCUCAAGUCCGGCUUGGACCUGAGGAAAGUGGUUCAGCUGCCGGAGGGGGAAAACCUCAACGACUGGAUCGCGGUUCACGUGGUGGAUUUCUUUAAUAGGAUCAACCUCAUCUACGGCACAGUGAGCGAGUACUGCACCGAGCGCACAUGUCCCAUUAUGUCUGGGGGACUGAGGUACGAGUACAGAUGGCAGGAUGGCGAGGACUACAAGAAACCCACCAAGCUGCCUGCUCUCAAGUACAUGAAUCUGCUGAUGGACUGGAUAGAGUCACUCAUCAAUAAUGAGGACAUCUUUCCCACCAGAGUAGGUGUUCCUUUCCCCAAGAACUUCCAGCAAGUGUGCAAGAAGAUUCUGAGCCGCCUCUUCAGGGUGUUUGUCCACGUUUACAUCCAUCACUUUGACAGCAUCUGCAGUAUGGGUGCAGAGGCCCACAUCAAUACCUGCUACAAGCACUACUACUACUUCAUCUCAGAGUUCAACCUCAUUGAUCACUCUGAACUGGAGCCCUUGAAGGAGAUGACAGAGAAGAUAUGCAAUUAAACACAACCACAUGGACAAAGGAGUUUACAUUUAUCUGAGCCCCACCAGAAAACACCAGCUUCAAAAUACGCAAGACAGAGAACUAUUUUAUAGCAAUACAUUUGUAUGCAUGGAUAUCUAUCGACACACGUCUUCAGAUCUUGGCACUGUAGCUUCACACUUACAGUCAUCAUGGUGCUGCAUUGUCAACCUUACAGUUAUUUGUGUUGAUUUUAAAUAUCUUUAUCUUGUGUACAGAUUUUUUUCUUUCUUCUUGUGCAUGUUUAUUUUGAUACACAGUGUUAUUGUGAUGAAAGAUAAGAGCUUGGAUUUUCCGUGAUUUGUUUAUCUUGUUUAAACUUGUUUUGAGCGCAUAAGAAAUGCCAUUUUUUUGUCAUUUCUUGAUGCCCAAUUAACUUUUGUAUGUAGACACUGCACUAAAGAUGUGAAAACAUGUAGAACGUGUUUAGACCAAUGGCUGCAGAGGUAAAUAAAAUAAUACCAAUACAAA